UAAAAGUUUUUGUUUUUUUUUUCUAACAACAUUGUAUUUUUUGUUUUGUUUUGUAGGAAUCACUUAUUCCCAUCAAUCAUCGAGGGACAAUGUCGAUUGCCUAAUUGGCAUCCUCGUCUCGAGCCCUAUCUAGAGAGGACGGGAUUGCACAUGCUGAGGCAUUUCAUGCGGCUUAAUAUCGACAACGAUCUGCUUACGGCAAUGGCAGAGCGAUGGUGCCCCGAGUUGGAUACCUUCCACUUUCCCGAGGGGGAAAUGACGAUCACCCUCAAAGAUGUUGUCAUCCUCACCGGGCUGCCGGUCACUGGAGAGGCCAUCAUCGGGCAACUCAAGUAAACCCGAAGGUGGAUGGAGGUCGUUGAUUCUCGAGCGUUUGGGUUUCAAUAUGCCGACAACAACGCCCGUUCAAGGGGUUGGGCAUCCACCGCUCAAUGCGGGGCAAGUUUCAAUCCCGUGGCUUGUCGAACACAUCCAACAGGAGGUUAAUUUAGGGCCAGACACCCCUGAAGAUCAGGUGGAGCGAUAUGCACGCGUCUACCUCAUUGGAUUGGUUGGUGGAUUUGUGUUCCCCGACAAGGCAAACCGGUGGAUUCAAGGCAUGUGGUUGCCGUUGCUCCUCGAUGAUUAGGACGAGAUCGGGGGAAAUAGUUGGGGGUCUGGGAUCUACCGAGAGUUGUGUACUUGCUCGAGGUUGGGAGCGAAACAAGCUGGAGGUGCGAUGUUCAUACUCCAACUCUGGGCAUGUCAUCGUAUACCCUCUGGUGCCUGCUCCGCCUUGACCUUCUUUUCGUGAUGAUGCGCCCAUUGUGCCCCCAGCUGAGCCCCCACGGAGGAGUAAGAAAAAAGCUCAGCCAAACAUUGAAAAACUUCGUCCGACUCAGCAAACACAACUUCCUGGCCCAUGGCCAGAUCAUGAGUGGUCAAUUACAAUGGAGGGCGCUCCAGGAUCGUCAAGCUAUGCCCCGCAACAGGAAUAUGACAUGUUUCCUCAAGGGUUCCCUCAUUUCCACCAUCAUCAACAUACCUCGAUUUAUUAGACACCGCCUCCUCAGCCCACAUCUUCUGCCUACUACCACUCUUCUGGUCCAUCUCAGACAUCUGUGCCUCCACCGCCUACCUAUACUUCGGUCGGACGUUGGGUUAAGAGGAAUCCGCGAGCAGUUGGGUUAAGAGGAAUCCGCGAAGAAGGAGGAGGCAGAGAAGGCGGAAGAAGGGGUCGAGGUCACCGUGGAGGAUGAGGACAAGGGAGAGAAAAUGAAGAAAACGAGUGAACUAUCCAUUUGAUCUUUGUUUAUUUAUGUCUUGUGUGUUUUCAUUAAACUAUCCAUGUCGUCUUAUUCUCUAUUGUGUGUUUUCAUUAAACUACCAUUGUCAAG